ACAUCAUGGGAUAGAAUAUAUUCUGGGCUUAUAUUAAAUACAAUUUUUAUUUCUAUAAGGAAAAUGAAUAUUUAAUGGGUAAUUAUUCUAAUAUGCGGAACUCAAUUUCGUUUUAUGCAUAAUUGUAAUAUUAUUAAAUAUUAACCUUCUAUAAAGCUGUCCUCAAUUGUAAUUUUAGUAGUUACUUACAUUUUAGAUAAGUACUGUGAUUAAGGUGUCAGAUGACAUCUCACCUGCAUUCAUUUAGGGGUUUUGCAUAAACAAUUGUAAAAAAAUGAAUUUUUAUAGUAAGUAUUGAAGUAUAAACAAGACAUUUGUACGCUAUCUACUUGAAAUGUAUAUUAGGAUGAUCAUUUGGAAAUAUCACCUACAAAACCUUACCAUUACACCAAAAAAAACACUUUGGUGUAGUUAGCCAUCUUUUUUUGUUUAAAUAAAAUAAUAUACCAGUUUACAAAAAAAAAAUCGAAACAGGAUUUACUGAUCAUGCUUCAUAUUAAGAAUGAUCCAUAUUCAAAGGGCACCCCGAGACUUCGCUUACGAACAAAAACGACCAAAAAUCAUGACUUAUUACCCAAACAUGUAAAAGAUAUAGAGUAUCAACAGUGGAAUAAUUCUAAAAAAAUAAGGGUACUACCAAGUGGUCCCUACCAUUUUCUUUUAUGUAUCGCUCUUUCAGUAUCUGUGUAUGCUUUGAUUGCUACGUUAGAAAAGAAUCUGCCAGAUCCUAUUACUAUUUCUAACGAACACAAAUAUGUUGACCGUUUUAUUGCGGAAAGAGCUAAGAAUUACUUGGUCAAUUUGACAUCUAAAGGACCUAGACCAGUUGGGAGUGAAGCAAAUGAAAUAUUUGCAAUCCAGAUGUUGCUGGACGAAGUUAAAACAAUUAUUUAUCAAACUCAUUCAUCGCACAAAAUAGAGUGGGAUCUACAAAGAGUUAGUGGAUCUUUUUCUUUAGACUUUCUUGAUGGCAUGACAAAUGUAUACAGAAAUGUUCAAAAUGUAAUAGUUAAAAUUGGACCCGUAGAUACUUCACGUCAUAGUUUACUCAUUAAUUGUCACUUUGAUUCAGUCAUGGAUAGUCCAGGUGCAAGUGAUGAUGGUGCUAGCUGUGCAAUAAUGUUAGAACUAUUAAGAGUUAUAUCUCGUCUCAACAAGCCUUUGAAAAAUAAUAUAAUUUUUCUUUUCAAUGGAGCUGAAGAAAAUAUGAUGCAAGCUUCACAUGGAUUUAUUACCCAACACAAGUGGGCUUCUAGUAUAAGAGCAUUUAUUAAUAUGGAAGCUUGUGGAUCUGGUGGUAAAGAAUUAUUAUUUCAAGUUGGACCAAAUCAUCCAUGGUUGUUAGAAGCGUAUUCUGAUACUGUUCCAUAUCCAUUGGCAUCAUCAAUGGCCCAAGAAAUAUUCCAGAGUGGAAUUAUUCCUGGUGAUACAGAUUAUAGAAUAUUUCGUGAUUUUGGGCGUGUAUCCGGACUUGAUUUUGCCUGGUCAGCAAAUGGUUAUGUUUACCAUACAAAGUUAGACACAGUAGACAAAAUUCCUCUUGGCACAUUUCAGAGAACUGGCGAUAACAUGUUGCCAUUAAUUUUAAAACUAGUCAAUUCAAACAAAAUUUCAAACAUAGAAAAAUAUAGUAAUGGAAAUUUGGUAUUUUUUGAUUUUUUAGGAUUAUUUAUUAUUCAUUGGAGUGAAGACUUAUCAGAUAUAAUUAAUAUUUGUGUCAUUAUUAUUUCUUUUUUUGUUAUUUUACAUAAUGCAAAUCACAAUUACGUUACAGGUUAUACUGCCAAAGACUACUUUAAAUCGUUAUUAAAAUGCUCAGGCCUAUCAUUAUUAAUAUGGCUGGUGACAUUAGGGACUAUUGCAUUGUUGUCCUUAUGUAUUGUGCUGUUUGGUUGUUGUCUCAGUUGGUUUUCUCAGCCAGCCUGGCUGUUUUUUUUGUACAUAAUCCCUACAAUGUUGGUACCAUUACUUGUUUAUGUAUUAUUUGGCCAAAAAUGUUUAUCGGGUCAACAAAAUAUUCAAUGUCCAAAGUCCUUGUUGUACUGCAUUUCACGAGAUGGAAAUCAACUUUUAUUUAUAACAAUUCUUCUAUUAUGCGUAUUGUUACAUAUUAGGUCUGGUUUUGUAAUUGCGCUUUUUGUUGUAUGUAACAUGAUAAGUACAUUGUUACAAAAUGUAUUGCUAAAGAAAAACUAUGGACAUACUGUGUUGUGGCUUCAUUUUGGGUGUAUGCUUAUUCCAUUUAUUUUGUCUGCCUAUAUGAUAAAUGCAGCACUUCUUUUAGUUGUUCCCAUAAUGGGUCGUUCAGGUUCUGGAAAUCAUGCAGAAACAGUAAUGUCCCUCAUAACAUCUGCAAUGUUCACUUUAGUAUAUAGCUUUUACAGUCCUCUGGUGUUUUUGAUUCGCAAAGUAAAUACAGUGUUCAUUUCACUGACACUAAUAUUAUUAACGUCAUUGUUAGUUCUAGUCUUUACACCUUUUGGUUUCCCUUACUCAGGUGAUUCUAAUAACUUAGCACCACAAAGGUACAUGGUGUCGCAUGUCGAACGAAGUUUCUAUUAUCAUAAUGGUUCAUUGCGUGAUACUCAGAAUGGGUUAUGGAUUGUAGACUUGGAUGUAAACAGUCCACAUUCAAUAAAAAACUAUGUACCUGAAUUAGCUAAUGCACGGCAAAUAAGUCACAAAGAGUGUAGCAAAGAACUCUAUUGUGGACUUCCUUAUUUUUUGCCCGUUAUUACAUUUAUAUGGCAAACCCACUGGAUAGACUCUGAACCAUUAGAUGUCAAAAUUCCAUUAAAUCUUAAAUUAAUGUAUAGAGAUCAAAGAUUAAACAAUAUUCAAAGGCUGUCAUUAACAGUUAACGGUCCUGACCACAUUACCAUGGUGAUAUCACCAUACAAUGACGUUAAACUAAAAGACUGGAGUGUGAGUAAUAGUAAACCAUUUGAAGGGCCUCGAUGGAAUGGUCGGCCUACUUAUUUUAUUUACUACUCUUGCGCUAAUGAUAUUGUACCGUGGGAUUUUUGGGUUGAUCUCGAGGUACCAAAAGGUCAUACUGGGCCGCAAAUUGAAGUUGGAUUAUCUGGCCACCGCAUGCAUGGAUCACAUAAAACUACUACUCAAUUACAGAAAUUUCUCAAACAACUUCCUCAAUGGACAACAACAACCGAUUGGAGUUCUUCUUAUAAAUCGUACACUCUUUAAAACAAUAAAAAAAUAAAAAAUUUAAGUUCUCUAAUACAUUUAGAAACAACCGUGUUUUUCUAUCGUUUUACAAUUUAUUAAAAUGUCUUUUUUUUCCUCUCUAUAUAAUUUUGUAUUAAGAUGUUUUUUUUUUAAUGUAUGCAUAAUUGAUUUAAUUUAUAUUUACCAAAUAUUUGUAUGUAAUGUGAAACAUUAAUAUUACAACGAUAAUAAAAGACUUAUGUACUAUGA